AUGCCUCCCCUAGUCGACGCCGUCGGGAAGGCUUCGCAAAACCGUCCAACUGGCGCUUCUUCGGUGAUUGGCGGAACCGCGAGUGAGGCCGCAACGUCCCCGCCGUCCCCGCCGCGUUUCGCGGAUCUUUACGGCUCCCCUCAAGUCUUCUCCGAGUCGCCGUCCAUGUCGGACUUCCCCCUAGACUGGCCCGCGUCAAACCUUCCCCGCGGCCCCCGCAAGUCGGAAUUCCCGCAAACCCCGCCCGCAAUAGUAUCAUGCUCAGAAUCGGCGCGGUUAAGUCGAGGCGGACUGCGCCGACACCGCCGCGUCGCGUCGUCACCGCAAACGGGACAGUCAGAGCUCGAAGGAAGUCUCGACGGCAACGCGGAGCGAGAAGGAACGCAGCGCAUCGUAACGCGCAAGAUCGACUCGAUCGAAGUGCCGUCGGACGGUCGAAGUGCCGCCGUGCGGUCCCGCCACAACCGCCGUUCCUCCGUCGGCGGCGCCUGCAGCGGAAGCACCGAGACGGGCAGCAGCGGGGGAAACGGCGGGCAUUGCAGCGACUUGUACGGCAGACAAGAGCUGGUACGCCUGGUCCCGGCGGGCCAAAUCACAGCCGUCUCGGCGUUUUCGCCCAAGUCUCCCUCGAUUGUGUCACUCUCGAGAAAGUCACUGCUGCCCAAGUCACCUUCGUCUCAGUCCUUGCCUCGGCCCGGCGGGGGAUCGCCGCCGCGUCGAACUUCCUAUUCGAGCGACGCCAUCCCGCUACAACGAGGCGGCUGUAGCGCCGAGAUGCCUCUACAGCUGCCGGACGGAGUAUCGCGCGGGUCGUCGACCGCGGCGAACAGCCGCAUCGACUCCCAGCGGAGCCCCUUCAGCGUGGCUGGAUUCCGCUCGCCGCGCGAUGAUGACGCGACUGCGUGUGCGGCGGAGAUCUCUCCCUCUCCGCGCGCUUUUCCAGCGGAGUUACCUCUCUCUCCUUCUCCGCGCGCUACCACUCCCCGCGAGGGGGCUGCACGCGCUCCUCCGCGAUGCCCGGCGGUCGGUAGACUCGCGGCAGCUCGAGCGUGGAAUAAGAUGAUGGCGGCGCCUCCGUUGACCACGGAGCAGUCACCGUCGCCGGCGGAGCUUCUAUCGCCUUCUCCGCGCGGCGUUUCUACUGCUGCUACUACCAGCGGUAGAACUAAAGGCACUUUCCUUCCACUGUAUCCUGAAAUUGAGGCGCCUCGACGCUCGUCGGCGGAGCUGUCUCCACAUGGCGCUACUACUACCACUCCGCCUCAGCGAUCCCCGCUUUCUCGCUCCCGACAUCCCCGCUCCCCGCUAGCACUCGCUUCCCCCCCAUCCGCGCGCGCCUUCCCCCAUGGAAGCUUCGAGCAGCUCUCGGGGUUCUUUUCCAAUGUGCUCUCCCUUUCCCGAGGCAGCAGCGGGGAUGACUCCACCAACAGCGGAUGCAGCAGCCCCUGCCCGAGCAAUCCGGGCAGCUUGCUGGAAAAAAUAUCUGCGGAGGGAAAAAGUGCCAAGCCCACGGAUUUCGUGCUCAGGAUGCCCUACGAGGAUAUCAAGGCUCGAUAUUCGCUCGGGAAGAAGGAGAUUGGGGAGGGCAGGUUCGGUUCCAUCCGAACCUGCUUAGAGCGGAGCUCCGGCAACUUCUAUGCUUGCAAGACGAUUUCCAAGAAGAUUAUUGAGACCCACGAGGAAGCAGAGGACGUACGGCGUGAGGUGCUGUUUCUUGCAACACUGAAAGGCCACCCCUACAUCGUCACACUCAAGGAGGCGCUAGAGGACAAAACGGCCAUCCACCUCAUCAUGGAGCUCUGUCCGGGCGGCGACCUCUUCGAGCAAAUCAAAUCCCGCGCCCAACUCUCUGAACCCGAAGCGGCUUCCAUCGUUCGGCAGCUUCUAGAAGCCCUGAUCCACUCCCACUCCUUGGGAAUACUCCACCGCGACGUGAAGCCCGAAAACAUCAUCCUUUGUAGCCCCACCAGCUGCUCCUCUAUAAAGCUCAUCGACUUCGGAGUGGCUACACUGCUGCCGGAGGGUGCACUCUGCAACGAGGCGGCUGGAACUCCGGAAUACAUGGCACCUGAAGUGUAUGAUGAGAAAUACGGGUUUGGCGCCGAUGUAUGGGGUGCUGGAGUUUCGCUCUAUGUGAUGCUUUCGGGCAUCCCGCCCUUUUGGGAGUCGACCAAUCGGAGUUUGGAGCAGGCGAUAAGGAGCAAGAAGGUUUCUUUCAAGCACUGGAAGUGGGUGGACGUGUCGGCUGAAGCGAAGGAGCUUAUAACGAGGAUGCUGGAGAAAGACCCGAGCAAGCGCAUCACUGCCCAGGAGGCUCUAGAGAUCCGGCAUUGGGUUGAUCUGGAUGUGCAUCUCACCAUCGCCCGUUCCCAUCUGCCAUUCUUUGAGUCGACUCAAAAAUCAUCUGGAUGUGCAUCUCACCAUCGCCCGUUCCCAUCUGCCAUUCUUUCCCUAUCUCCCCCCUCCGCAGAGCAUCCUUGGAUCACCAAGCUUGCUCCAGCUGCAGCAUGA